GAAGACUCGCACAAAACUCGGACAAGUCCCUGAACAUUUCUGACACUGCUUCAAGGAUGAAAGCCUCAAUACCUACCUGUCAAGUUGACUCUCCUCAAGUCCAUUUCUACGCUAUUGUCAGAAAAUCUGAUGACCUCUCAAAAAGAGACAUAGCAAGUACAGAUAUUCGAAAGACUCAUUUAAAGGAACAUCAGUUUUCCUUUGGACAAUCCUUCAUCGGAAUAAAUUCUAGGAUAAAUUCUAAUUUAUUCUACCCUCAAUUGGAACCUGACGAUGAAUGUAUCUAUGAGAUGAGUGGAGCAGAAGUGCUUACUGCUUAUAAGAGAGUCGACAAGAAAGUUAAGCCAGUCCCAGGAGUAUUUCCAGAGGAAUCCCGUGUCCGUCGACAAUUUCCAGAAAACCCUCUCGAUUCCUUGCCACCACUAUCGUGCUGUCCACCCCAGUUCAAGGAAAAUGGUCGGCUGACUCAAGAACGUCUAGAUGGCAUGAACAUAAAUCCAGAUGGAUUUCUUAGCUUGGAAGAAGAAAAUCUGUUUAAGCAUAUCCUUCAGCUUAAUCAAAACAGUCUUGUCUUUGAAGAAGAACAUCGCGGGACCUUUCGAGAAGAUUACUUUACUCCAUACAUUAUUCCAACUGUGCCUCAUAUUCCUUGGGCUUACACCAAUAUUCCCAUACCACCUGGUAUCAGGGAAAAGGUAGUCACACUACUCAAGGAAAAGAUGGCAGCAAGCGUGUAUGAGCAAAGUCAAUCAUCUUAUCGAUCUCGCUGGUUCUGUGUUCUCAAGAAAAGUGGCAAACUUAGGUUAGUCCAUGACCUUCAACCACUGAAUGCAGUGACUAUUCGUGAUGCAGGACUUCCUCCCAUUCUGGAUGCCUUUGUUGAACCCUUCGCAGGACGUCGAUGUUAUACGGCAUUUGAUCUCUAUUGGGGAUUUGAUGCUAGAAAGAUACAUGAGAAGAGUCGCGAUAUGACAGCAUUCCUAUCACCUCUAGGCCUUCUUCGAUUGACUUCCCUCCCUACUGGCUUUACAAAUUCACCUGCCGAAUUUCAAGCUUGCAUGGCUUUUAUUCUUCAAGACGAAAUGCCUCAUACUGCUGACAUCUUCAUAGAUGACCUUCCUAUCAAAGGUCCUCUGACUGAGUAUCUUGAUGAAAAUGGAGUUCCAGAAGUGUUAAAGGAAAACCCUGGAAUCCGAAGAUUCAUUUGGGAACAUGCCUGUGAUGUACAUCGAAUCAUGCAUCGUGUAGGCCAUGCUGGAGGAACAUUUUCACCAAGCAAAGUUCAACUUGCUCGCAGAGAAGUUGUGAUUGUAGGUCACAAGUGUACACCUGAAGGAAGAAUUCCAGAUCCUAACAAGAUUGAAAAGGUUUUAAAUUGGCCCAUCCUUACCACUGUCAAAGAAGUCCGUGGAUUCCUAGGACUUUGUGGAACAGUGCGUAUUUGGAUCAAGAACUACUCAGCCAUGGCUCGACCCUUGACUGAGCUUAUUCGCCAUGACACUGACUUUGAGUGGGAUGACCGUCGACAAGAAGCCUUCGAUAACCUGAAGAUGUUGAUUACCUCUGCACCUGCCCUAAAGCCUAUUGACUACUCCUCUGAUUUGCCUGUAGUUCUCUCUGUGGAUUCAAGCUACAUUGCUGUUGGAUUCAUUCUUUCACAAAGAGAUGAACAAGGACACAAACGGCCAGCUCGCUAUGGAUCAAUUCCUAUGAAUGAACGAGAAGCACGAUACUCCCAACCUAAGUUGGAACUAUAUGGACUCUUUCGUGCCCUUAGAGCAUAUCGCCUCUACCUUGUAGGACCAGAUGCCCUAUCACGUCGUGGACUUGGAGAAGGAGAAGAAGUGAAAGAAGAAGAUGAUGCUUGGUUGGAUGAAAUUGCUCUCUACACACUGCCACAUGAAGUCACAUUGGACAAUGAUGCAUUUCAGGAUUAUAAUCCUUUAAAGCUCAUUCCUGUGUAUAUUUCCACAGAUUCCAAACAAGACCAGACUAUGCGGCAAAUCCACAAGUUUCUAAGCACCUUAGAGACCCCAGAAUUUCUAUCACUUCAAGAACGCAAGAGGUUUAUUACCAAAGCAAGUCGAUUCUUUAUUCGAAAUGGCAAUAUGUAUCGACGAGCUGGACAACGACCCCCUCUAAAAGUUAUUUUCUCAGCUAACAAGAGACUUAGCAUUCUGGAAAGUGCACAUGAAGGACAAGGACAUCGUGGAGAGUAUGCAGUAAUGCGAAUGCUCAAAGAACGAUUUUACUGGCCAAAUAUGUGGAAUGAUGUUCAUCAACAUGUUCGAUCCUGUCAUCAGUGUCAGCUCAGAAGCACUCGUAAAGUUGAAGUCCCUCUGACAAUCUCUGCACCUGUGACACUGUUCACCAAGAUAUACUUGGAUAUCAUGUUUAUGCCCAAGGCAAAAGGAUUCAAGUAUAUCAUUGCAGCCAGAGAUGAUCUUUCUCGAGCUGCAGAAGGACGUGCCUUAAGAGAUGCAACUUCACAUGCCAUUGCCAAGUUUCUAUGGGAAGAAAUCUUCUGUCGAUAUGUGGAAAGAGGUCAUGCGAUUAUUCGUGAAUCCAUAGUGAAAGCCUGUGAUGGGAAAGUCAAAGACUGGCCAGACUAUGUUCCCCAUGCUUUCUUUGCAGACAAAAUCACUAUCAGUCGAUCAACAGGAUUCUCACCUUACUAUUUGCUAUUUGGAGUUCACCCAGUCUUACCUUUCGAUCUCUUGGAAGCAUCAUUUCUAGUGGAAGGUUUUCACUCUGGAAUGUCUACAACUGAUUUGCUUGCACUGCGAAUCCAGCAACUUUCAAAGAAGGAUCAAGAUCUGGAAAAGGCUGCAGAAGUUCUCGCAAAGACACGUUUACGCUCAAAGGCUCAAUUUGAGAAGAAGUUUGAGCAUAGAAUUCGAGUUGAAAGUUUCAAGCCUGGAGAUCUCGUACUUGUACGAAACACUGCCAUUGAAAGAUCCUUGAAUCGCAAGACUAAACCCCGGUACUUAGGACCCUAUGAAGUAGUUCGACGGACCUUCAAAGGAGCCUAUAUCGUGAAAGAGCUUAAUGGAAACCUCUGGAAACAGGGAAUAGCGGCCUUUCGAUUGCUACCCUAUAUCUCAAGAGAUGACUCAAGGCUUCAAGAUCUUGCAGGAAGAAUAGAAGAAAUUGGAAGGCCAUCGCAAAAGCAUAUCACUGAAUUUAGUGACUUGGAUUCAAGUGACUCAAGUGAAGAGUCUACUAGCAAUCUUGAAGAUGUCUUCUAUGAGCAUAUAUCAAAUCACUAGACAACAUAGUCUAUGUGAAGAAGUAGUCAAGAACGUACUUGACUAGUGGCUAGAGAAUAUCUGAAUUCUCUAUCUCAAAUACUUCUAGACAGAGUGGUCUAGAAAGAUAUUUUUGUCAAGACCACAUUUCUUCAAUUUGAUUCUCAGAAGAAAAGAUAUCGUCAAGUGAAAUGCCCAAAGAAGUCCAACAAAGUCAUAGAAGAAGA